CGAGAUGAGUCGGAAGAAGGAAAUAAUGAUCAGUGUGUACUAGUAGACCGCAGUCAGGCUGAGCUCGAGUAGAAGGUAACCAUGGCGAUGACGGGUCAGACGUCCUGUUCCUCCAUGAGCAACCACACCAAGGAGCGGGUCACGAUGGCCAAAGUGACCCUGGAGAACUUCUACAGCAACCUAAUCUCCCAGCACGAGGAGAGGGAGAUGAGGCAGCAGAAGUUGGAGAAGGUGAUGGAUCAAGAGGGAUUAGCGGAUGAAGAGAAGCGUAUUCGGCGAUCUCAGCACGCCCGAAAGGAGACUGAAUUUCUGCGGCUUAAACGAACUCGUCUUGGAUUGGAAGACUUCGAGUCGCUCAAAGUGAUCGGUCGUGGUGCUUUCGGAGAGGUACGUCUGGUGCAGAAGAAAGACACAGGCCACGUGUACGCCAUGAAGAUCUUGCGCAAAGCUGAUAUGCUUGAGAAGGAGCAGGUUGGUCAUAUACGGGCUGAAAGGGACAUUCUGGUGGAGGCGGACAGUCUGUGGGUUGUAAAGAUGUUUUACAGCUUUCAGGACAAGAUGAACCUCUACCUCAUAAUGGAGUUUCUACCGGGAGGAGACAUGAUGACACUUCUGAUGAAGAAAGACACUCUGACUGAGGAGGCGACACAAUUUUACAUUGCAGAGACGGUGCUUGCCAUCGACUCUAUCCACCAGCUGGGUUUCAUCCACAGAGAUAUUAAACCUGACAAUCUGCUGCUGGAUUCAAAGGGCCAUGUAAAGCUGUCUGAUUUUGGCUUGUGUACUGGGCUUAAGAAAGCCCACAGGACAGAAUUCUACAGAAACCUCAACCAUAGCCUGCCCAGCAAUUUUACAUUCCAAAACAUGAACUCAAAACGAAAAGCAGAGACGUGGAAGAGAAACCGGAGACAGCUGGCCUUCUCCACCGUUGGAACCCCUGACUACAUCGCUCCUGAAGUGUUUCUGCAGAACGGAUACAAUAAACUCUGCGAUUGGUGGAGCUUGGGGGUCAUCAUGUAUGAGAUGCUUAUAGGUUACCCACCCUUCUGCUCAGAGACUCCUCAGGAGACGUACAGGAAGGUGAUGAAUUGGCGGGAAACACUGACAUUCCCCCCAGAAGUUCCCAUUUCAGAGAAGGCAAAAGAUCUUAUUCUCAGGUUCUGCUGUGAGGGUGAAAACAGGAUUGGCGCUACUGGGGUUGAAGAGAUCAAAUCCAAUCCUUUUUUUGAAGGGGUGGACUAUGACCAUAUCAGGGAGAGACCUGCUGCCAUUCCAAUCGAGAUUAAAAGCAUCGACGACACCUCAAACUUUGACGAGUUUCCAGAUUCGGACAUCCUCAAACCAACAACAACUGUAGUGUCCAACCACAGCGAAGCUGAUUUAAAGAGCAAAGACUGGGUCUUCAUUAACUACACGUACAAGCGCUUUGAAGGCCUGACCGCCCGGGGGGCCAUUCCCUCCUAUAUGAAAUCAGGGAAGAGAUAAACAGAACCCUCACAGAGCUUGUUUGUCCUUUAAGGAGUCCUUUGCCAUUGCUUCUCAUCACUGAAGAUCCAUUGAAAUCUCCAAACUUGUCUGUUUCCUGUCGUGUGCCAUGCUAUGAUGCAUCACGGUAGUGAAUUCCUCCUCUUCCAGCACUUGUACUACAUAAUUUUUUUCUUUUCUUUUUUUUUUUUAAACCGAAUUUUCUAUAAUAGAAGCCGCUAAUGCUGUUACUUGUUUAAUCAAUUUUUUUUAUUCGGGUUUUCACAUUUUUUUCCCCUUCAUGUUAAAGAAUUGUUUCAACUUCUGACUUGGUUAAUGAUUCAUUCUAAAAGCUAGAAUGUUGCCUGUCCACUUUUGAGUAGGCCUUGCUUUUAUUUAGUCAAUUUUCCAUUAAAAUGAAGAAAAAAAAAAAGAAUAAUUCACUCGGUAUCAAGAUAAAUGUCAAUCUGCUGUAGAAAUCCUGAAAAUCUAUAUAUACGUAUAUAUGUGUGUGUGUGUGUGUAUAUAUAUGUAUGCACAUUUUAAGUAUACAAAACAAGAAAUGGGCUCUCUGUCUUUGCAAUGUAAUAAUAAUAAUAAUAAUAAUAAUAAUGUUUCACAGUGCUUGCCAUCACAUACAUCACCUUUCUGGCAAUGGCAAAAUGCAAAGGACUUCUCUUUUUAUUUAUGCAAACCGUUUUCAGUGCUUGAAAGCCUAAUAUAAUGUUUGUGAACCUGCUUACAGGGGCAAACAUUGCCUUAAAAUUGGAUACUAGACGAAUGUUCCAGUUAUUACUCGAUGCACCAGCAAAAUGUCCUUUUUCUUGACCUGCACACUGAAGUUUUUUUUUUCUCCUUCUGUUUACUUUCUUUACAGUAUACCAGCCAAUGAUAAUGACCAAGCAACAUUUGAUAGACCAGCGAUUCCUUAUAAUUCUUUUAACUACAGAUGUAGCUUUACCUUUUUUUUUUUUUUUUUCUUUUUCUUUUUUCUUAAAUAUGCAUCCUCACACUAAAUUUAAAACCUCUGUGUCCUUUAAAGGGCUCGCUGUUCAGUUUGGGAACAUAAGCAUGAGUCGGGUGGGUUUUGUGCUGAAUUUGCUUCGUUGAUUAUAUACUCAGCAGUCUUCCAUGUUGAUAUUGGGCAAAACAAACAAAAAAAAAAAGCAUGUUUAAUAGCAAAGCAAUAUUUUACCAAAGACUUUGAUACUUUUAGCAGCUGAUGCACCCUUGUUAUGCCUUUGAGAAGCUUGAUUUGUACUCGAAAUUUGAGCAUGUCUAGUACAGUAGGAAAGGAAAAAAAUUACUUGUUAAAAAAAGGGGACAGUAGCUGUCUAUUGUCAUCAUUCCAGUAGGGCUCGGAUUAGCUGCACUAUUGCUCAGAUUACUCGCGCAUCGUGAAACGAGGAACAUCCUCAGGCAUUGUGUGCCUUGUUUAGAUCAUGCUUGGGUAGGUUUAAGGAGUUUCUUUCAUCAGCAUCAUGUUAAAGAAACAAAAAAAAAAGAUAUGCUGUGCCUGAGAAACUGAGCUUUUUUUGUUGCCUAGUUAUGCCUGGUGUUGUUGGUUGGGUUGACUAAUUAAACUUAGAUUUAGCUUUGUUUCUUCAACUUGGUAAUCAGAUCCUGAGCUAAUUGUGCUUUCGGUCAGAACGCUAACCACUGAAUUAUAUCUAUCGAUUUUUGUAUUCAAAAGCAUUUUCAAUACAAAAUGCUGUCAGUUAAGUCAGCAGCGAUCCACAUGGCCUCACAGAUCCAAAAAUGCUGUAGAUUUAUGAUGAAGAAAAAGCAUGGGGGUUGUGGGAUUUCUUUUUUUUUCCAAAAUGCUGUAGUUUUUAUAUUUCGAGAGCUAUUCAAGGGAUCAUUGCGUUUUGUAGAUUAGAGCAUUAUUUCGUUCUGCGUUAUUCGGCUCGCAUGGGUUUGCAUGAGCACUGCUCGGAUUACCGGUGAUAUCAGAAAAGCACGGAGGACGUGUUUCGUUACUUUUAAAUUUGAUCCCUCGUCAAUUGUGUGUUUUGGCCCUCGGUUCCAGCACUACACAGUUUAUUGCUUGGGAACGAAGUGUUCCUUUUUUCAUUAAGAGUUGGUCAGUGAGAACGUUUUUGCUGAAAUCAUACACACGUCUUUACCAUUUGACUGCUGGAGCUCUAAAGAAAAAAAAAAAAGUGCUGAAGUGAAUCGUUCUCAAAGCCGAAAACGGUCUGAUGCGUGUCAUUAAAAGAAAGAUCGAUAAGGGGCCUCAUUUAUUAAGUUGAAUACGAACAUGUUUAUCUGUGAAUUCUUUAUGCAAUCCACGUAGUUCAGGGAAACGUUUCUAUCCUGCACCAGCUCCUAAUAUAAUCCUGAACUCAUGGACUUGGGAAGUGUUUAAGCAAACAGUCAUUUGAAGUCAAAUAUGAAUUUGGGUUAUACACAUGACAAACCAAAUCCAUAUUUUUUAUACAAAAAACACUAGCUAUACAAUAAUUUCCAAAGUAAUGGCGCCCUAUAAAAGGAUGUAGGGUCGCCCUGUGCUUAUGGUUAGCUGUGCAGUGGCUUAGAUACGUCAUACGCAGGAGGACUAUCACUAAAUGAGAAUUAGCCAUUCCAUGACUGCGCUUGGCAUUUACCAACACGUGGGCGUAAUUGCAAAGAAAACAGCAGUAUCGAAACCGAUUUAUCAUUUACACAUGAUUUCUUGUAAAAUGAGGCCCCGGGGGUUUAGAUCUUGACUCGAAUUGCACUUUUGUAGAGAAGAAAACAUGAAGCCUUGAAUCUUGGGAAGUUUAGUCGUGGGUCUUGAGAUGUACAUUUGAAUAACUUUCAUGGUAUGUAUAGUACAUGUAGAAGGCUGUUGGAUGUUCUAGAAACACACUGGUCGAUUAUAUUUACCUUUUCACCCAACCAUUACAGUAGCAUAGUCUUCCAGACUGAUUUCAGAAUAUUUAUCGAUUUGCAUCGUCAACGAUUUACAGCUUAUUUAUUCAAACCAGGCAUGUGUUUGAGAGCAUCCAUGAUUUUGAGGAGUAGUUGGAACAAGAAUGAGGUUUGCUGUUCUUUUAAAGUAUAAAAUCUAAUAUAAAAACUGCUCUUGGGUUCUUUAAUGUUGCGUUUUACUGUGAGACGAUGAAGUUAGGCUUCUCUCUGCCUUAAUGCUAAGUUUGUAGAUUGUAGCUUCACUUCAUAGAGCACCUUUUACCGGUUUGUUAUUGAAAAUGUUUGUGGUGAGCACACAAUUUUAAUGUCAUUCAAUAAAGCACCAGUUUAUUUA